AUGCUGUUGAUCAUUAAAGCUCUUCUUCUCAUUUCACCUGCUCUUGAACAGGAUCGCAGAGCAGCUGCUGAAGGACUCAUCUAUCCAUUCAACAUGGCACUGGAUUCAGUGGAUGACCAGUACGACGGCUGUACAGAAGAAAUGGCUCACCUGGUGAUGACAGAAUACCUAGAGAAGGAGCUCAACAACUCGGCUCAAUUUAAAGCGGCUUGGCAAGAAGCUGAAAGCAAUGUUUCGGUGCCGGAAGACGGCUUAACGAAGAACCAUUUGAUCGCCAUUUACGUGUACACCGACAAAGAAGUGUACCGUGACUUCAAUAGCGCCGUUCGCAGAGAGAAAGAAAACUACAAAAACAUGACGUACCCGUGGUACUCGCUCCACUUUUUGCUAACCGAGGCGCUGCAGCGUCUGAAGAGAACGCAGAAAGGUUGCAAGUCGACCUACCGUGGUACAGAUGUUGAAUUCGAUAGCCAGGUUCUGAACACCGAGGUGCGUUUCGGCUCGUUUGCGUCUUCGUCUCUUAAUCGUUCGGUGGCGGAAGGGUUCGGGGGGGUGUUUUGUUUCGAGAUCUACACUUGUGAAGGUGCCGAGGUGGCGAAUUAUUCGAAGUUUCCCGACGAGGACGAGGUGCUGAUUCCUCCGUACGAGACGUUUAAAGUGUCUGCUGUCAGGAACAGGACGGAUGACAUCGAUCUCUGGUGCCAAACCGUGUUCACGCUGGAAAGCUCUGGGAAAAUCAGUGACCUGAACUGUAGGUUGUUUAACGGUGGAGACCAGGUCGCUGGUUUUAGCGUUUUGCUAUUUUUAACUAUUUUGGAAAAUGUUUACCUCGUGACCUGUAGAUAGCCUGCUGUACGUUUCCUGCUGUUGAACUUUGGAUUGUCUGUCAGAUUUUAAUAUCCCUCAAAAGAGUCUGGGGGUCCGUUUC